GACAUUGAGGAGAGUGAGGCCGAGAAUGAGGUUUUGCAGGCCGAGGAGAUCGAAGAGUCUUCCCUGAUAAGCUUUCGAGGGAGGGAAGACUUCUGCGGGCAUGAGGAUGAUGAUUUGCAGGACGAAGAUCGAGCAGCCAUCCGAUCUUUCCUGAAUAGCAAUUGCCUGAGCAACAUUAUGUGGAGCGGCGAUAGAGUGCUUGUGCGAGGAAAGUCAAUGAUUGAUCUAUUGUUCGAGAAGGAGUUGAGUUCUGAAAUCAUUGAUUGCUUUAUGAUGAUCCUGCACGGUCUCUAUCCUCACGUCCGCUUCUUGCCUAUUUAUGCUCAG